CAUAUAGAUGCGCAGGAUUGAGCGUGUGUGUCAAAUGGAACAAUGUAACGGAUUGGAGUUGACAGCCUCAGCCGAGGGGGUUACUUAUUAAACUGGUUUCGAGUCCAUCAUAACACUAGAUAAGGGCAUGCGAACGAGCAUAUCAGCAUCGGGUUCCGCGCGUUCAUGAACUGAAGAGAAUGACAGCGGCUUUAGAAGAUUCCCGUUUCUUCUUUUCAAGGUGAAAACUCCACCCUAUCAAACUCGGGCAUUUCUGUGUAACAUUACCCUGGCUCCAGUGACCUUUAAAUACAUUUCAAAAACCAAUUUGCCACGUGGUGUAAAGUAAGACGGCUCCAGUCCCCCAACUGCCCAGAGCUGGUCGGAAAGUUUUGCCAAGUGCCUUACAUACACGCAAGAUCUGGACAUUCUGUCAAGACCUUCAAAGCCAUUAGUUUUGAGAAUUCGUUUUCUGAGACUCCAGCGCAUCAGCCCUGCCGUGAAGAAUAAUUUGCAUCUCUUCCCCCUACAGACUAACAUGUUGUUUUCUGUUGUUAUGACCUAAAAGAGAAACAUUGCUUUGAAUGGAGAACAUAAUUUGCAUGCUUCCCAAGUUCAGGCAGGAUCUCACUCGAGCCUGGAAUAGGGGUAUGCACCUGCCUCUUUUCCUCAACCUGUAGAUGCACGGAUUCAUUUAGUGCCACCCGCCUCCUUUAAUGGGAUAAAUUAUCUCCAGAGAUCAGGUGAAUCGCUGAUCUAAACUCAACGAAAGCCUCGGAGAGGAUUCAUUUUUUCUUAAUUGACACCUCACGUGCUAAGGCCUCCGCAUGGUACUCUGGUCGAAAGAUCAAGACAAACUGUCCGACAUGUCCACCGGGACGGAAAGGAUAGAGAUGAUGAAGGAAGGGGUGCCGCCAGCGUACCACCACUCCAAUGGGUCAGUCCAUCCAGUCAUCAUGCCCGAUAACAAUGAGGAGGCACCCCAAAACGGGGAGUACGAACUCACGGAGAUGACCUCCCUACCGGACCACGAUGGUCAGGAGAAUGAGCGGCCGGAAACGGGGGUCAUCGACUGUCGGGCCAACGCCAAAGGCCAGAGAGAAGAAGACGCGCUCCUGGAGAACGCCAGCCAAAGCAAUGAGAGCGAUGACACCAGCACGGACCAAAGCCCGGUGCCGCCGGUUCAACUAAAGGAAACAUCCUUCUCUAUUGGACUCCAGGUUUUGUUCCCUUUCCUGCUGGCAGGGUUUGGGACAGUUGCAGCCGGCAUGGUUCUGGACAUGGUACAGCAUUGGACUGUGUUCACAGAGGUUACUGAGGUCUUCAUCCUGGUUCCUGCUCUUCUGGGUCUGAAAGGGAACUUGGAGAUGACACUUGCAUCCAGACUGUCCACCGCGGCUAAUAUCGGACACAUGGAUUCGGCAAAGGACAUGUGGAAUAUGAUCAUGGGAAACCUCGCACUUAUUCAGGUUCAGGCCACUGUGGUGGGCUUCCUGGCGUCUAUCGCCGCUGUCAUUUUUGGCUGGAUUCCAGAGGGCAACUUUAAGAUUGGGCACGCCAUCCUGCUCUGUGCCAGCAGUGUGGCCACCGCGUUCAUCGCUUCUCUUCUGCUAGGUCUUAUCAUGAUCGGGGUUAUCAUCGCCUCCAGGAAGGUGGGCAUCAAUCCAGACAACGUGGCUACCCCCAUUGCAGCCAGUUUGGGUGAUCUGAUCACGCUGACAUUGUUGGCUGGCAUUAGCACAGGACUAUAUAAAGAACUGGAAUUCAACAACUAUGCCAACCCGAUGGUUUGUGCCUUCUUCGUUGCCCUCACGCCCAUUUGGGUCCUCAUCGCCCGGCGAACACCUUCCACGCGGGAAGUGCUGUACUCGGGAUGGGAGCCCGUCAUUAUCGCCAUGGCGAUCAGCAGUGUUGGCGGCCUCAUUCUGGAUAAGACCGUGUCCAACCCAAACUUCGCCGGUAUGGCGGUUUUCACUCCAGUAAUCAAUGGUGUGGGUGGAAAUCUAGCGGCGGUACAAGCCAGUCGAAUCUCGACCUACCUGCACAUGAACGCCCUGCCCAUAACCGAGCCCAACCCUACUCCACGAAAAUGUCCAACGCCAUGGAGCACAUUCUUCGGGUCAGGUGUCAAUUCACGAUCCGCCCGAGUGCUUUUCCUAUUGGUCGCUCCCGGUCACCUGGUCUUCCUGUACACCAUUAACUCUAUGCAGGGUGGACACACCACUCUCACCUAUGUCUUCAUCGCAUUUUACAUGGCCGCAGCUCUGCUUCAGGUGAUAAUUCUGCUCUACAUGGCAGACUGGAUGGUGAACUGGAUGUGGCGUCGAGGGAUGGAUCCAGACAACUUCUCCAUUCCCUACUUGACCGCUCUGGGAGACCUGCUGGGUACAGGCUUCCUGGCCCUGUGCUUCCACAUCCUGUGGCUACUUGGAGAUCGUGACACAGAUGUGGGGGACUAAUCCACGCUGCUUCCCUUUGACUCUGUCAAAAAGACGCACACGUCAUUAUUUAUAAUGCCACGUAGAGAAAUAAUUUCUAUAUUGUUAUGGCUACAAUGGCUACCAUGAUUACAUUGAUGCUUUAGAAUUGAGCUGUAAUUGUGUCGUUUUUUUAGCCACCGGGUGAACACGGAUCCUCAUUAUUUUUCAAUGGGGAUGUUCGGCUCGGUUUAUAGCCAGUCGUGUUGACUGCAUCUAAAACCGACCUUGACUUGAAAUGUGUCAUGAGAGGCAAAAAAACAAACAAACACAGAAUGCUUAAUCACCAAGUGCUCUAAAAUUAUUAAGUAAUAAAAAGUUUAAAGUAUUUAAUGCGUUUCGUUAACUAAAGACAACACCGGACCAUCACAGAGGGACCUAAAUAUCUUUUUCAUGCUCGAGGUUUAAAUCCUCCAGACUUUAAAUCCUCCAGGCGGUUCAUGUCCACGAUUGAGCGAAUUGAAAAAUGAAGUCAGGUCGCCUCGCUCUUAGUCAAUUACCAGACGCAAGCUGAACGGGGACCUUUUUGCGAUAAAAUGCUGCAUGUACAGUAGAGUACUGUAAUAUGAAGUAGUGAUCACCCUGUAUGUUUAACACAAAAUGCUGCUUUUCCAAUUUACUUCUGUAGUUCUGUCUGAGCUCACAAAGAGAUGCGGUCACCACAAUAGAACUUCAUUAUUUUCCCAGAAAUCCCUGACUUGAGUUGUGAAGGUCUCGCCUUGUUUACUCUUGAUAAAGUAUCAGACUAUGUUUCCGUUGCGUAGGUACAGUACGUUUCCGACAUGUACACAACAGUUUCGCCCAAUCAAGAGUCUUCUGGGUCAGAAAGAUUGUUUUAAGCUUCUCAAGUCCACAUUCAAGCUUCGAAAUCUCUUCCGCACGUUUACGGGGCAAGAAAAGUUGAUGCAUUUUUUGUAGACUGAGAUGGCUUUUAUAUACAUAUGAUAGUUUAUAAAUGCUGUGCCAGUUUGAAUGUAUAUCCGAAUGAACGUACUCUUUAAAGUCAACACAAAAUCAACAUUUCUUCCAGCAUCGACACCUCUGGCAAGUCGGUUCAAGUGCUUGUCAUAAUAAAAUCCAAGGCAGCUAUUUCUAGUCAUGCAGAUACAACCCGCUUCAACUCAAAUCACAAAACAGUUAUUAAUAAUAUUAUAAUUAAUAUGUUUUUAAGUUAAUCCUGACAAUAGACAUGCUUCCUAGAAUAAACUAAAAGUCUUGUGUCUGCCUUCAAACUCUAGACGUUAAUACACUUCACUUUUCAUGAAUAAAUCUUUUUUCAGAUUGAAUAUUCUUUGUAAUUCAGAAACAUGGACAAUUAUUAAAGAUAAAUGGCUUGUGAAAGGCAUGUCAUGUUUAUUCGAAGACUUUCACGAACUUCAAUGUUGACCUGCUUAAAGGGCUUCAAAUGUAUUUAAAAUAAAAAGCAAAAACGUACAUUUCUUAAAACAAUUCGCAAGAACACUUGUGUUUAAGGGCUGUUUUACCACCGCAUGAUUGUAAUGUUUUUUAACUCUGAAGCCUUGCUCGAUUCUCAAAUCCCCUUUUAUCCUGGUUGAGGAGGAAGAUGGUUUUAUUCGAAUGCUUCUUAUGAGAUUAAUGCCACUCGGAAACACUUGAAAUAGCUAACAGGACGGCUAGAAGCUAAUCCGUACCUCGGUACUCGACUGUAAACGAAGAAUCUCUAACUAGUAGUCUGACAGACCAUUGACAUGUUCAUCUAAACGACCAUCUAGUGAGGCCUUAAAAGAGAAACUGACCUUCAACAACGUGUAACGUUAGCCUUACGGUAUUUAAGGGCUGUACAGAAACAUCACUCCGUUUGUUGGUAUCUCACACAUCAUAUGUCUUAAAAACAGAGACAUUUUGACUGAUGUCUACCAUGAGGCCGGGCACAAAGCAUAAUGAAUGCAUCAUUUAUAACCACAUCUUUUGCAUAUUCCCAAUGCGUGUUUUAUUGUAAUUUUUUUUGACAUUGAUUUGUCUGCUCAAAAAUGUCUGUUUUAGUGUUUAAAGAAGAGAUUUAAGGUCACGUCUUGGCAGAUAAGAUAGGUCACUGUGCACAAGAUGUACUGUAAUGUCAUGAGUUGGCACUAGAGGUCACAUGUCCUGUACCGCAAACUUUAUGCCACAUUUGUGCAUUCAACAUCCUAAAUCUUACUGUGCAACUAAACAUGUGCUGCCAGUUUACCAUGACAGCUCUCUAUAGUUGUGAAUAUUUCUUCAGGGGACGGGAGGCUUUGUUUAUUUAUUUCUAUAGAUGUGACAAAGCUAUUUGUACAUAAUAUAUUUAUUCUAUAAAUGAGUCGUUUAUUUUUCAUUUUGUUCUGUGUUUCCGUUAUGUUUUUUUUUUUUUCUUUGCAUUGGACCAGUAGAGAUGUUUACUGUACAUUUGUCAGUAAUUGUUUUUUUUCUUUGGUAAACUUUAACAACAUAUCAAAGUUUGGUGCCUAAUAUCCAGCAAAACCUCACACUCAAUUUGGUUCAUUGAAUUGAGCAUAAUCUUCCUUAACAAAUCACACGCAAGGCUCGACACGUAGAUGUUGUAGGAUCUCUGAUUUGUGUGUGUGGUUUCUUCUUGUUUUGUAUAUGGGCUUUUUUUUAAUUUGUUGAUGUGAUUUUCAUUUUGUAUUGAUGUUGAUUGAGUAAAUCAUCCUGUCUGCUGUGUUCCAGCAGGGCAGAUAUACAGUAUAUCAGUGGUAUAGUUAUCCAAAGCGUGACCACUGAAAAUCCCAUAAAAUCAAUUUAUACAAUAAUGAAUAUUUGCUUGUGGGUUGUCUAAUAUGUCAUACCUUUACGAAGAUAGAACAAAUUAAUCUGUCACUUUAAUUUACUAUUUACUACACUUACCCAGAAAGCAAAAAUAUACAUAUAAGCCCCUAUAUGAUCAGAACACCCAAAACAAACAUCUGAGAUGAGUUUGUCUGGUUUUCAUUUCAAUAUCACCAUCUUCUGCCCCAGCUGCUUCAAUCUGAUACUGUCAAGGGGAAUUAACCGAGGUACUUGUAAUUUGCUGGAAAUAAAAAUAUAAGAUUUUAUUUCGUA